UACGCUCGAUGAGAUGGAUGGGUUCGAUACAUUUCAAAGCCAAUUCAAAGUUGCUGAUAAUGAAAAGUCACAGUUGACAUUGUAUUUGGAGGAACAAAACGUUGAUAGAAAAGUAGAACUUGAUGUUUUACAAUAUUGGAAGGAAAAUCAAGUAAGGUAUCCAAAACUGGCUAUAAUGGCUCGCGAUAUAUUGAGCAUCCCGAUUACUACUGUUGCUUCCGCAUCAUCUUUCAGUAUUGGAGGUCGGGUGUUAAGUAAGUAUCGAACUUCAUUGCUAUCAUCAAAUGUUGAAGCAUUGCUAUGCACACGUGAUUGGUUAUUUGAUUUAAAAGAUGAAAACGAGAAUGAAAUGGAUGAAGAUCUUGUUGAAGACAUUGAAGCAUUGAUUCCAACUUUUGGCAACUUUUAGGGACUUUAAAGGAAGCAUCCGUGAAGAAGCGCAAUUCGUCAAGACGUUUUGUAUGUUAUUGAAUUAGAUCUUUUGUAAAUGCAAGGAACCGAACUAGAUCUUUUGUAAUUUUCAGUUUACUUAACGGUUUGCAACUUUAGUAAUUUGUAACCUGACUUCUAUGAUUAUUAUAUUUAGUUUUAUGGUUCUGGUUUGAUUA